AGCAUAGGAUCCGAAAAUAAUGAGCAUAAGGACAAUGUUGCUGAAUAUGAAUCGAAUUUGAAGUUACAUUCGUAAAUUUCUGCGUCGGGGUAAAUAGCGAAUUGAAACAUGGCGUUUGUUUCUUUCAUAUGUUCUGAAGAUAUUGCCUCUUGAUUUUUUCCUUUCUCACGGAUUUUCAAUUUAUCACGGAGGACGUCGUUCUGAAUGCGUUGAAGUUUCCGUUCCUCUUUCGAUAACGCUUCACCGUGACCGUGCGAAUAGUCAAUGCUUAUUUACCAUAGACCCAAUCAGUUUUGGAAAAUGAAAAAGUAUACUCUGACCUGUGUCUAUUGAGAUGUGGAACGCUCUUCAAACACUGUGGAAUACAACAUGACGUCCCGUAGUUACACAAAAUCUUACAGCCGUAAGGUCAGUAGUGUGACACCAGGGAGUAUUCAAUUCGAUAAGCUUUUCAGAGAGAACAGCAAUCGACCUUCCGCUGCUAAGUCAGCAGGCACUGUUGGAAAAUGGGGUAUAACAUCUUUUACAUCUAUCAGAAGCACCAAUAUCAAUGGAAGAAGAGAUGAUAUUCAUAACACAUUUGGUGCAAAACGAAUAAAACUUGAUUAUGGAAAUCAAAAUGCUCGUGUAAAUUCUGGAAAAGAUCCGUUUUCAUUUGAAACUGAUCCUGACAAUAAACCGGAUGUUGCACCGCCGGUUGUUAAACCUAAGAAGUUUUUUAAGAGUAGAAAUGUUUCACCUGCGGUAGAAGAAUCUCGCCAGGAUGUGGCAAUAUAUAGACAAGUACCUGAUUCACAUUACGGACGAGCUCGUCUUCAGAAAACUACUCCGCAGCCGUCACCAAAACAAUCUUUGACAAAAGUGUCCAGUGCUCCAGCUAAAAAGGUUGCGGAGACUUUGGAUGUAACCAAUAACGAUACAACUCCCACUAGGGAAGAAGGAAAACCUCCUAUUGUGUUGAGAAUAUGCAAGGGUACAGCUCGGCUAGUGUGUGGAAAUGUACAAGCUACUCCAGAUCCUGAACCUGAAACAUACAGAAUUUCAACACCGCUUAUGAGCCCCACAAAAGUAGAUAUCGAACGUAAGAACGUCAACACAGAUACGUUAAAAUCUGAUCAUAAAACGGUUCGUUCUCACCAACCAAUUAUCUCUACUGUAUCAAUACCAUUAGAAAAUUCAGAGAUGAGAAGGACUACUCGUAGUCGAGCAAAAAAUUUGCAUUUAGAUUUAACAGCAUCUUCUGUCGUGUCUACAACACCAGUAACACCUAAUUCGCAUAGUUCUGGUCUUUCUUUAACCCUUAGAAAGUCUGUUACCGAUUCCAAUAACACUUUAAUAUCACAUUACGAUAUUGUCAAGACUGAUUGUGGUUCAACAUACCCCUGUAAGCCAGCAAUUGAACCGUUAAUUGGACGCGAUCAACCACUGCCAACUACAACACAAGAAUUAAUUGAUAUAUUAUCAAGUGAUUCUGAUCCUAUGCAAACGAGACCAAUGAUAAUAAAUGCACCGGAAACAGAGGAGACCGCAGUGGUCGUUCCCGAUGAAGUUCAGCACUGUUCGAUAGAUAUUCCAACGAACGAAGUAAUCUCUGGACCUACUUUGCAGUCUGAACCUACUUCGGAACCUGAACCAGUUCUUGUACCAGAAUCGGAACCAGAACCAGAGCUAGAACACGAGGUACAACUAGAACCAGAGCCAGAACCGGAGCCUGAACCAGAACCAGAACCUGAUCAUGAAACAGAAAUCGAACAACAGCCUCGUACAAGUGAUAAUGAUACAGCUAUAGCUAAAGCUUUAGUUGAUCAGGAUUGGUUUUCUGGAAGCGAUGAUAGCGAAGGUAUGAGUGGUAAUGCGGAAAGUGAUGUGGCGUUACAUGUAACAAGUACAGUCUCCGAGUCACAACCACAGAAUGUUCCAUCUACAACUGUCCAGAAGCCUGCUACCAAAAAGGGUAGUAUUUUUAAGAGUCGUUCAACUGGUGCAACAAAUGGAAAUAAAAGAAGGGCACUGUACAAACACAAAUGGUGCGAUAGCGACAAAGAAUCUAAUACUGUGGACACUGCUGCUGCCGGAAGUAAUACACCAACCACUGCUUCAGGAUCCCAUAGUAGUACAGGACCUGUGGCAUAUGAAGAAGAAUUCGAUCCCUCGCAACUAACAAGAGAUGUAACAUAUCCUGAAGCUGUUGCGGAUUUCGAAGACGAAUCCGAUGCUAUAACAAGUUUACGUUGCGGCAAGAACGUUAAGGGUUUCUACACUGUGGUAAAGAAUGUGAAGAAAGCUCAUCAAAUUCAAGAAAGCGGAGAGUUUCAAGAGUUUAAUGAUGAUGUUGAAUAUAUAUUAGACACUUUAAGGGAAAACAAUCCAAAUGCUACUCGUUGCCUUUCAGCUAUACGAUUAGCAAGCAAAUGUAUGGCACCCGCGUUUCGAAUGCAUGUACGUGCUCAUGGAACAGUUGCUAAGUUUUUCAAAGCACUUCACGAUGCGACUAAGGAUCAGAGCCUGGCUUUAUGUACAGCAACGGUGAUGUUUGUGUUAAGUCAAGACCGUUUAGCUAUGGAUUUAGAUCGUGAUUGCUUGGAAUUAAUGUUAAGUUUGUUAGAAUCCGAUGCCAGUCACAAAGACGCGCUUGAUGAUUGUGGCCUUAGUCGGGCAGAAUUGUUAAAGAAUAAAGAGAAAGUACGUCAAUUGUGUGCUGACAUUCAAGCUCAAGGACACGCGAAACAUUUGAAUCUUGAUAAUAUAACCGUUGGUCAACUUGCUAUGGAGACACUACUCAGUCUCACAUCGAAACGUGCUGGUGAAUGGUUUAAGGAAGAACUUAGAGAAUUGGGAGGUUUAGAACACAUUGUUAAAACAAUCAGAGAUUGUCACCGUCAUAUUAAUGCUCAGGAUAUUACAAGAUCCGGUUGGUCGGAUCCAUUAUUAGACAAAUUACGUAAAGUUGAUAGAUGUCUACGUGUAUUAGAAAAUGUUACUCACAUGAAUGAAGAGAAUCAAGUAUAUUUACUGAAAUAUGAGAACGGAAUUUUAGUCAGCACAUUAGCAAAUCUGUAUCAUCUUUGUGGACAAGAAAUACCUAUUUAUCCAACUAUAGACCCAAGUGAUAAAACAUCUACUGGUGCUGUUAUUAGAGAGUGUCUGUUUGCUAUUAUUAAAGUUCUCAUUAAUCUUACACAUCGGUUCAAUAGACAAUCUUUUGGAAGCAAAACAGUAGGGUCGCAAACAGGCGUUCUAGAUUGCAGUCUAUAUCUCUUGUUGCGUGUCCCGGACUCGCUUCCUGAAGAAAAGCGUUUCGACAUGAUGAUGUUGGCUUUGAUUUUGUUGAUAAAUUUAGUAGAACAAUGUGACGACAACAAGCAACUUCUUAUCGAUUCUAAAGCUCCUCCAUCGCCAGAAAAUAUUUUUGAUGUGUCCGAAGAGAGUGGAGUAGAAUCUUUAAUCGAUCUUUUUUACAAACAAGAAGAAUUGGCUCGUGCUGAAGAACAAAAAACAGACGCCAUAUUAGACGGUAAAAAAGAUUCCGAGCAGACGGAAACUGUAUCGACAACAACUAAGUCACAAGAAGAAUUCAUUGAAGAAACUGUUACUAAAUUAUUACAAAAAGCGGGACGUCAUAUGGAACAUACUUUAAUAGGAGCAUACGUAGUGCUUUUACUUGGUUACUUAAUAAUGGAUAAUAAGGAUUAUGAAUCGUUGGUACGCAGUAGACUACCGGAUAAUAAUUUUACUGCUAUGGUGUCUGUACUUCAGAAAUUUUUCAAUUUCAUGAAUUUAACGGCAUCGAAUGAAGUAAGUAGUUGCGGAAUCGCCGCUACUGAAAAGGUGAUCAAGUUCCUAAAGAUGUCGGAUGCCAGAGUAGAAGAAGAGAAAAACGAACUACCAUUACCAGCAUUAGAAGAUCCGAACAUAAUGCUUGAUUUGUCUUCGUCUUGAUUGAUAUCUUCUACGAAUAUUUGACAUUUUUUUAUUACCCUGGCAUACAAAGAGAGCCAAAGUCAUAUGUGUCCAACUAAGGAAAUUCUUUUUAUCACAGUACGAAUGGACCUGUUUCAUAUUGACCAUAUAUUUUGAUAUAUAUUUAUUCACUUACGUAAUUUAUUGCUAUACCUUUCAUUAAAUUUACUUAUUUUCCCCCUAAUAACAGUAACACGUUAGUCGUUAAGCAUAAGUUGUUAAGCAGUCGUGCAGAACAUUAAUGCCGUAAAAAACGCGCUUUGUAAUUACGCAUUACAGCUCAUUUAAGUUCUCGGCUGGCGUGUGUAUGUAUUAUUAUCAGUUAAUGGAUUCGCCAAUCGAUCACCUCCUUUUUACGUUUCUUUUUCUCUCCCCAUUACUUUUUUGUACCUUAGAAGAGCAUUCACGUAAUAAGAUAUGUAAGCGUGUCUCUUGUCAGAUUUUAAUUCGUUCGCUGUAAAAUAACGCAUAAAUUUGCAAAAUUU